AGUGACAAAAAUAUUCUUAACACCUGAAAGAGAGCCCGUCGAGCGGCUUCUUGGCCGGCAAAAAGUACUGCCUGGAACUCCAAGAGUUGCGUUAAAAUGCCUGGAAGUCUAGUGUGGGCUUCUCAGUGUACAGCUGACCAGCGAGCUGAGUGGAAGUACUUUCUGCAGCUCCAAGAUUAUUUUCAACACGCUCCACCAACGUCGGAAAUCGCCAAUUUGGCCCCCAUAAGUUGCAAUUAAUUUGCUGACCCAGGAUGGUUUCUCAUCUGAGGAGUAAUUUCCUGCUCCUGAUAGUCCUUUUGGGAACAUUGUCCAUCGUUAGAGCAGAUUUGUGGGCGUUUAAGUGUGUCAGUGACCAGAAAUGUGUUCGAGUCAAUAAGGACUCCCUCAGCCAAGAAACAUCCUUUACAGGCUUCCAGGAGCACAUUUACGAGACAUGGAAGAUCUGCAGACUUGUCUGUGGAAACUACGGGGCUCUCUGGCCUCGUCCCACCGGAAAUACUUUCAUUGGACCCAAUCUCAUGCAAUUUCAUCCCAAUUACAUUAGAUUUGAUUUCCAGGACAUUCCUCUGGCCACAAAGGAUCUAAUGGUCGAUAUGACUAAAUUAUUCAUGAGGAGCAUUAAGUUUGAAUGCGGAGCCAAUUGCACGUUACCUUCAGAAACGGAGGUUCUUGUGAGAAUUUUCAUCACUUCGCCGAAGACUUCACUCUCCUGGGAUACUGUUGAGUCCUACAGCUUAGAUAUCUCCAAUUUAGGUACCAAAAUAUCCGUAGAUAUUUCCUCUGCCACUGUUUAUGGCGCUCGUCAUGGUCUGGAAACCCUGUCCCAGCUCAUCACAGUCCAACCAGGUCCUGAGGGCUCCCAUCGGAAUGGUCUGGUGAUGGUUGGAGCUGCCAGAAUCCGAGAUGCUCCAGUUUAUGCUCAUCGAGGCUUUAUGCUGGAUACAGCUCGCAAUUUCAUCCCCAUUCGUCAGAUCCGGAAGGUUCUGGACGGAAUGGCAGCCACGAAACUCAAUGUGUUCCAUUGGCACAUCACAGAUUCCCAGAGUUUUCCUCUAGAGACGCCCAGAGUGCCCUUAAUGGCCCAAUAUGGAGCCUAUUCCGCUGCUGCUACAUAUCGCCAGGCUGAUGUACGCUCGGUUGUGAGGUGGGCAAAGGCUAGGGGUAUCCGGGUGCUCAUGGAACUGGAUGCACCUGCACAUGCGGGGAAUGGGUGGAACUGGGGACCGCAGCAUGGCCUAGGAGAGCUGGCGAUCUGUGUAAAUCAGCAGCCUUGGAGGAACUACUGUAUCCAGCCGCCAUGUGGUCAGCUCAAUCCUAUAAAUCCGAAUCUCUAUCAUAUUCUCAGAGACAUUUACCGGGAUGUAAUGGACGUUAUUGCUCCAGAGGAGACCCUCCACAUGGGCGGUGAUGAAGUGUUCUUCCCUUGCUGGAAUUCCUCUGAAGAGAUCAGGGAUUUGCUGCGAUCGCGUGGCAGGAAUCUCGAGAGUGAGGAUUUCCUGCAGCUCUGGGCAGAAUAUCAGGCUUCAGCAUUGAGGAUCUGGGAUGAGGAGAGUGGAAGGGCUCCCAGUAGCAGGGAUCCGAGGAAGCCUCCACCGCCGGUUGUUCUGUGGUCAAGCCAUCUGACUCUUCCGGAUGGGAUUGAGAAUUACCUGGAGAAGGAGAGGUAUAUUGUGCAGGCCUGGCUCAAAGCAAAUGAUCCAACUCCUGAUCAGCUACUCGAGAAGGGCUAUCGACUAAUCUUCUCGACAAAGGACGCUUGGUACCUGGAUCAUGGCUUCUGGGGCAUUACGACAUACGCUAACUGGAGAAAGGUCUACAACAAUCGCAUUCCGACUAGUGAGGGAGUCCUGGGAGGAGAAACCUGCCUCUGGUCCGAACUUGUUGAUCUCAAUACAAUUGAAACCCUAACCUGGCCAAGGACAGCAGCCCUAGGAGAGAGACUAUGGUCCAAUCCUAACACAAAUGACAAAGUGGCAGAAUCGAGGCUGAAUCGUCAUCGGGAAAGGCUCGUGACCAGAGAAAUCCGGGCAGAAGCUGUUACACCCAAAUGGUGUGUCCAGAAUGAAGGGGAGUGUAGCUGAUUGGAAUCGGAGUCUUAUAGGAUGUAAAGAUACCUUGACUGGAAUAUUUAAAUAAAGUAGCAAGAAAAUAAAA